AUGCAUGUUUGGUCCUUUGAAAUAGGUCUUUUGGAGCAUUCUGGAGCAUAUGGGACACAAGGAGCAUGGAGGGACUUGGCACAUGGAAGCAGCUCAACUGGAUACGCAAAGGAAGAAGGGAGAAGCCAUCUUGAAGACCAGCUCGACCGUCCACUCGACCAACCGGUCGAGUUCCUCAACUCGACCGGCCAAGCUUCAACUCGAUCGAGCUGGAGUCAAAGUCAAACCCGAAAAAUGUUGCUUCCCCCUUGA